CUGGUUCUGCGGAGUUGGAGCCGUUUUCCCUGCGCCUUUCUGUAACAAACAAUGACUUCAUCCGAUCUGGAUGCGGAUAUUUUAGUUUCUAUGAGAAAAUGUGUUUAAAGUUGGAGGUUAGCGGCUGACCUUUCGGGACCUUCCCUCCGUUCAGUCCGUCCCGCUGCGGAUCAUCCACCAGUCAAACUGUUCAACAUGGGAACGAACUUCGUUGUUUGGACACUUUUUGCAGUUUUUCUCUCCAUAACAGAGGCUGCUGUGUCUCCACCCGAAGACAAAGAACAGCAGGAGUUUGAACCUCUGCGGUCCAUCCUGGAUGACUUCGACGUUCUUCCGUUCUCCAGCCUGCAGUCUCACUCCGUCCGCCGCCGGGACGUCCAAACCGAGGCACACGUGGAGAAACUGCUGAGCUUCAACGCCCUGCAGAGGAGCUUCAGGCUUUACCUGAGAACCAACAACGAGAUCUUUACGGAGGAUUUCAAGGCCAUCGUGGAGGACGAGGAUGGACAGAGACGAAGCUUCCCGGUCAACAGACACAACUACUUCACCGGACACGUCAUCGGGGAGGAAAACUCUCGUGUUCAGGCUCAUAUCGACGACCACGAGUUCUCAGCUCACAUCCUGAUGGACGAGGCGGAGUACAACAUCGAGCCUCUGUGGAGGUUCACAUCAGCGCCCCCCGAUGGCCGCCUCCUGAUCUACAGGUCGGAGGACAUCAGGAACAUCAGCCGGCUGCAGCAGCCCUCAGUCUGCGGAUACGUGGCGUCCGAAUCCGCUCACCUUCUACCAGAGGGCGUCAGGAUGGAGACGAAGGGCGAUGAAGAAGAGUCGGUGUCCAGAAGGAAACGCCAGGUCAAUGACCAUAAGAAGAACACGUGUCCAAUGCUGCUGGUCGCAGACCAUCGCUUCUACCGAUACAUGGGCCGAAAGGAGGAGAGCACCACCAUCAACUACCUGAUCGAGCUCAUUGACCGCGUCGACGACAUCUACAGAAACACGUCGUGGGACGAAGAGUUCAGCGGUUACGGAGUUCAGAUCCAGCAGAUUAUCAUUCAGAAGUCUCCCACUGAGGUCGGUCCUGGAGAAACUCACUUCAACAUGAGGGGCAGUCCAGUGGCGGGAAAAGACGUCUGGGACGUCAAGAAGCUGCUGGAGCAGUUCAGUGUGGACAUUGCAGAGAACGCCUCCAACGUCUGCCUGGCCCACCUCUUCACCUACCAGGACUUCGAUGAGGGGACUCUGGGCCUGGCCUAUGUGGCGCCCAACAAACCAGACUUUCCCGGAGGGCUCUGCUCCAAACCUUGUGCUUCGACAGCAAACAAACACGGAUCCAUCUAUCUGAACACGGGCCUCACCAGCACCAAGAACUACGGGAAAACGAUCCUGACCAAGGAAGCAGACCUGGUGACGACUCACGAGCUGGGCCAUAACUUCGGAGCGGAGCAUGACCCGGACAACGUGCCGUACUGCGCCCCGCGGGAGGACCAGGGAGGGAAGUACGUCAUGUACCCCAUCGCUGUGAGCGGAGACCACGUCAACAACAAGCUGUUCUCCAACUGCAGCAAACAGUCCAUCGUGAAGCGGCUGCGCUCCAAGGCGGCGACCUGCUUCAAGGAGAGGAACGUCAACGUGUGCGGGAACUCGCGGGUGGAGCAAGGCGAGGAAUGCGACCCAGGGCUGCUGCACUUCAACUCGGACCGCUGCUGCACCCAUGAGUGCCGGCUGAGGAACGGAGCAGAGUGCAGUGACAGGAACAGCGCCUGCUGCAAAAGCUGCAAGUUCCAGGUGAGAGGGGAGGUCUGCCAGGACCCCAUCGACGCCACCUGUAAGGGCCACUCCUACUGCACAGGAAACAGCAGUGAGUGUCCUCCGCCGGAGAACGCUCCAGAUAAAACGGUGUGUCUGGACAACGGGGAAUGCCGUGGCGGAGAGUGUGUUCCCUUCUGCCAAGUGGUCAAAAAGCUGGAGGCCUGCGCCUGCAACGAAACAAACUCGUCCUGCAAGGUCUGCUGCCGGGGGACCAAUGGAGUCUGCAGCCCCUUCGUUGAUGCGAAAGGCGAUUUUGUGUAUUUGCGGAAAGGCAAACCUUGCACCGUGGGCUUCUGCGACGGAGCGGGGAAGUGCAUGAAGCAGGUACAGGAUGUGGUGGAACGUCUGUGGGACUUCAUCGAUAAACUCGACAUCAACACAUUCAGAAAGUUCCUGGCUGAUAACAUCGUGGGCUCGGUGGUGGCGUUCUCGCUCCUCUUCUGGGUUCCUUUCAGCAUCCUGGUCCACUGUGUGGACAAGAAGAUGGAUAGACAGUAUGAAGAGACCACCAAGUCUCUAUUCUUCUCCAGUAAUGCCGAGCUCCUGAGCAGCCUUGAUUCUGCUUCUGUCCGGAUCUUCAAACCUCUAAACUUCCCGGCCGCCCCUGUGCGGCUCCCACCGAUCAGCCCGCAGCUUGCCAGCACCCCGCCGGUUUUCGGCGCCACCCCCACAACGAGCCACACAUCCCCGCCUCUGGAUGCGCCCCACAUGGCCACCAUCUUGGAAGACCCCAGCCUGGACUCCCGCCUGGACGAGGAGGAGCUGCAGGAGGCGUUCGGGCGCCCACCUGGAGCUAUUCGGCGUUCGUUUGAGGACCUGACGGAGAGAAACCCGAUGAGACGCAGCGACAAGUCGAAGCUGUUCAGACUUCAGAGACAACAUCAGAUCGACAGCAAGGAGACUCAGUGCUGAGAGCCGCCGCCAGGGGGCGCUGCUGCCCCUCAUCUGUUCCUUAAAGCUGAUCCCUGAACUCACCUCCAGCCCUCUCAGGUAAACACAGAAGCCAUUUUUAAACACGGACUGCUGUCGAUUUAUAACCUGUUUAAUUUAAUGUUUCUUAAAUUCAUUGUAUAAUAAUUUCUUUGGGUUUGUCACUCAUUUUUCCUUCUGAAAAGGUACAACUUUUAAAUUUGCACUUCAGUGGUUGAAAGGAUACAUGGGAAUUUUAAUGAUUUGAUAUGAAAAUCAAAUUUUUUCAUCAGAAUGCUAACAUCAUCCCUCUCUGCUUUACCACCUCAGGGUCCAAUAUUUUCACAAUUAAAGCACAAACAUCUCAACCAGACAAUGAAGACGACCCAGUCCUGUUUGGGUUUAGAACUGGGAUCUGGUGAAAUUUAAAACCGUUCAGUAUGGGAGACGUGAAAGUCAGCUAAAAAUUCAAUUUAAACUUGUUUUUGAUUCUUAUCAAAAUUCAGUUAUCAAUAGUAUAAAAAUCUGACUUCCUAAACAGUUUGUAAAAAUAAAUAAGUCAAAACAACAAAGUUACCUUUUAUCUUAAGAUAAUGGGAGAAAAAAAAAAGAUUUGGCUCAAGAUAAAGAAAUAAAUCAUAACAAAUCAAACUGCUAGGAUUUAUUUCAUCAUCUCAAGAUAAUGAAAUAACCAACAAUUCAGUGUUUCAUUAAAUAAAUAAAUACUAAAUUAUAACCAGAUGUUGUUCUGUUAGCAAAAAUAAGCAAGCGUGAGAAUUUAUGUUGACAUAAUCAUAUAUUGAAACUUAUGACAAAACAAGUUAAAAUCUCAAAGAUAUUGAGUUUAUUUUGACUUGAAUGUAAAUAAUUUCAAAAAGAAAUAUCAGCUGAUAAUCCCCAUAAUGCUUAGAGCUUCUCAACACGAAGCCCAAAAAAUAACCAAAAAACUAAAAUUAAUUUGAUCCAGAAAAUCUGGGAUUCAAAACUCAAAAAUGAGAAAGUUUCUUCUUUAAACUUCCAAAAUCAUUUCAACAAAUAUUCUUCAAAAUAAGAGCGUGAACUACUGCAAAAUUCAUAUUUUCUAAUUUUCACAAUGAACGUGAAAGAAAAAAAAAUUGUGCAUUUUUAUAAAGUUUUGCAAGAUAUUUUACAGAAAAUAUUUAUUUUUACAGGAUUUAAAACAGUUUUUGGGACUAAAGUUAAAGUUUUUUUAAUAGGAUGGUGCUUUUUAUUUAUGUUUGUUAAAGUUUGUAUUUCUCUAAAGCAAAUGAUACUUUAGAGAAAAAAACAAUUAAAAAAGCAGCAAAACUUCAGAAAACAAUUUAAAGAUGGUUGACAUUUUUAAAUAAAUUUAAUUAAUAAACUGCUUUGUUCAAAACACAAAGACUUGUACAAGUCCAAAUUAAAACCAAAGAAUUAGACCAAACUUUAGUUUUGGAGAAAAAAAAGAAGCGCUGUAUUUUUUGUUUUAUUGUAUUAAAUAGCUGUUAAAGUGUUAAAACCACCUCUGUCAGUAUUUUGGGAUGUUUUGUCUUCAUUGUUUUAAUGUUUACUUUUGUUUAAAUGUUCAUAAACUGCAGCUUUUACAUAAAAAAUAAAAAUGAC